ACAACAAUAUUAUUGGUGGCGACUGUCCUUUUUCACUCUAUUCUCUCCCUUUCUCCUUUUCCCCUUUAUAUUACACACGUCUAGGAACUGUAAAAUAUAACCAAAUUAAAGGACCUAGGAUUGAGAUUCCAAGUUUUAGAAAUAAUUUUGUUUCAAGAGAGCAUUGUGAUAGAGUAGGCGUUCAAUGUACAAGUCCUAUGGCGGACGGCAGAAGACAACAGUCGCUAAAUGCCAUGACAUCUUCGUUAAGCUGAUGGAGACCAUUUUUGGUUCCUAAUUUGUUUUCGAAUCAAAUUAUAUGUUGUCUUUUUGUCAUGAGAAAAUACAUGCCUAUAGGAAUCUGUGUACGGCAGCUCAAGAGAAGUUACAAUCUAGACGGGCCAUUUUUUUAACGUACGAAAAACUUAGAGGAUAUUGGAAUUUGAUGAACACAACCUUGGAGUUUUAUCUGACCAAACAUUAAUUAUAUAGACUAACCAGCUAGCUCUCCAUUAUUCAGAAACCAAAGAUUUUAUAACUAAGAAUAGAGAGAGAGAUCAUGAAGAAUUUUAGAUUUGGUACUACAUCUCUUAUUGUGUUACUCGUUCUAGCUACUCUUUCUUGUCCCACAGAUGCAAGAUUGCCAACCUGCAAUCCUAGCAGCAAGAUAAAGGCGAAAAAGCCGCCGACGGGGCACUGUAACAUUGAAGAUGAUGACAUAUGUUGCAUCAAAGGCAAAGUCUAUACUACUUACAAAUGUUCACCCCCAGUUUCUAAGAAGAGUACCAAGGCAGUUCUCACAUUGGAUAGUUUUGAAAAGGGUGGAGAUGGAUAUGGACCAUCAAAAUGUGAUAACAAGUAUCAUUCUGAUCAUACACAUGUUGUAGCUCUUUCCACUGGUUGGUACAAUGGAGGAGGAAGGUGCCUUAGUAACAUUACAAUAAAUGCUAAUAAUGGAAUAAGUGUAAAAGCCAUGGUUGUGGAUGAGUGUGACUCAACCAUGGGUUGUGAUGAGAAACAUGAUUAUCAACCACCUUGUCCUAAUAACCUUGUUAUAGCUUCACAAGCAGUUUGGAGAGAUUUACAUGUGCCUAUGAACGAAUGGGGGGAGUUGGAUAUAACUUGGUCUGAUGAAUAG